UCCGCUCACAAGCGUGUGUUCAGUUCCGUCACGCCAUUUUCCAUCGACGACGAAGUGAAGCAAAGCGGAGAGACAAAUUUCUAUAUAAAUUCGCCCUACACCACCUUCAAACACGGACGCCAUGCAUCGUGACUGUCCCCUUGACUGCAAAGUCUACGUGGGAAACUUGGGCAACAAUGGCAACAAGACAGAGUUGGAGAGGGCGUUUGGUUACUACGGUCCUCUUCGCAGUGUCUGGGUGGCUCGAAACCCCCCGGGUUUCGCCUUUGUAGAGUUUGAAGACCCAAGAGAUGCAACUGAUGCAGUUCGUGAGCUCGAUGGAAGGACAUUGUGCGGUUGCCGGGUGCGGGUCGAGCUGUCUAAUGGUGAGAAGCGUAGCCGCACCCGUGGCGCUCCACCCUCGUGGAGCAGGCGUCCUCGAGAUCGGGACGACUAUAGGGGACGACGCAGCCCCCCACAGAGGCGAAGAUCCCCACGCAGGCGAAGCUUCAGCCGCAGCCGAAGCAGGUCUUUCUCCAGAGACAGGAGGAGAGAGAGGUCCUUUUCCCGGGAUAGGAACCACAAACCUUCUAGGUCCUUCUCUAGAUCAAGGAGCCGCUCCAGGUCUAAUGACAGAAAAUAAAGGCAAGUCUUUCAUGAGUGAUGGUAGUUAAUGAACGUUUAUACAGGCUCUACCAUUUCAUACAAAGGACUUCAGCAUGACCACAUGCUCUUUUUUUUUUCUUUUUUUU